UUCAUGCAGGGUUUAUUAAAUGUCCACUUUCACAUAGUUCAAAAGUCCUUUAUGAUUAAAAGUUGUAUCAACAUUAUUUCUCAAAGAUAUAAUAGAAUAUAUUUUCUGCUUAUCAUCUUCGCUUAGAACUAAACUGAUUAAACCUGAUCAUAUAUCCAAUAUGAGGAACAUUGGUUGGACUGAAAUUUGGAUAAGCACCUUACUGUUCUAUGCUGUGAGUGCACUGAUUCCUUCAAUGAAACAAGGUUUUAAUGACAAGUUCACAAGUACCCGUCAGCAACUCACAAAUUCUAUUUACCAGAACUCACGAGAUCAAAAUAAUAUAAAAAUAAAUAUGUCAACAUUAUGGUCAGAACCACUAGCAAUUCAGCGAAAAAUGAAUAAUGUUCCUACUAUUAUCAGAACGAGUAAGCACACCAUAAUGUUAGAUCAUUUGGAACUCUGGGUUUUCCAAGAAGAGAAGUUUGAAUACAAAACAACUUUGGAGAGUCUAUCUGAUUAUAAAGUACAGUUUGUUAAGGGUUUUGACUGGCAUGACAGGCUGUUCCUAUUGGUCUGCUUUCAAAACAGCGUCUGUAACUUAUACUCUGCAACUUCCAAUUUCGAUGUCACUUACCACCAACCCAUUUCUGACAAUGGAGACCCUACUGAUGCUCAGUUCUUUGUUCAGCAAGAGAAGCUAUUCCUCGCCAUUCUGUUUCAUGAACGUUCUGUUUCAGUACGAUUAAACAGAAUAAGUUCUCAGUUAAGGAUUUACCAGUGGCAGAAUUUUUACAUGGAUAUGGAGUUGAUUCCUGAUAUAACCCCCACAGCCACCUGUAUAGCACUGUUCAAAUAUGAGGAAGAUAUUGUGUUUGUCUUAGGGUGUCCAGAGAAUGAUGCAAUAAGGUUUCCAUCUCAAGUUUGGAGUAGAAAACCAAAUGGAGAAAUUUCUCUAGUUCAAUAUCUGCCUACAGACAAACCUACCUCUAUUAAACAUUUCAUGGAAAGAGGAGAGAAUUUCAUCUUCAUUUUGGAGAAUGAUCGGGAUGAGAAUUCAAUAUACUGGUGGGAAGGAAGCGAGUUUGUUCGUUGGCUGUCUGUCGAAGGAAUGGAGAAGUAUUUUCAAGUAGCAGUGAGCAGUAACCUAAAAUACCCAACAUUCUUGACAUUUACUCACAAGAACGUACUCAGAAUAUGCCUAAUGACCUCUGUCAAAUUGGAGAAAAUUUACGAAACAAUUUUUUCAAGUGGUUACAUUACUGAAAAUGUUUCAAUAUUAAGUGUAACAGCGUUUGAAGAAAAUGAUAAAUCCUACAUGCUUGUCUUGAGCAAGUCUGAAAGUCAACUCUACAUUUCCUUACAUCAUGUUAAUGUACAAAUUAUGAUUACAUCUGCUUCUGAAUUCCCUCACUCUGAAGAGCUCAGAAGUGACUCAAUUCAAGAGGCCUUGGAAACCAUCCAGAAAGGAGUAACAUCAUUGAAAUUCAAGAUGGAAAAUCUUGAAUCCCUUUCAUCUUCAGUUUUACUCACAAACAAAGAUGCUUCCAUCAGCCAUGGGGUUGUUACAGAGGAGAUCCAAGUAGACAGUGGAGAGAUCCACAUGGAAGUUCACUUACGCAGAGACAUAGCUCAGUUUAUGGCAGAUCUUUCUACAAACUACGUCGAACCUCUGUCUCAAGAGGUUAACACAACCUGGAGAAAACUGCAAACCACCCCAAUGGAGAAAAAUAGAUCAUUGAUUUUCCAAGGAGAUGUUUACAUUAAAGAAGCAAAACUAAACUCACUAUCUGCCCAGCUUAUAAAUAAUAAUGUCUUUGAACCACGUUCAUUUUUGUCUGCAAUGAACCCAAUAUCACAAAGAUUGAAAAAUGUGAAAGCAAAAAAGUUGAAAGUCGAAUGGCUGGUGGUUAAAAAGCUUGGCAACAAAAAUGUUGAAGAAGCCCUCAAGGCUCGCACCGUUUCUGGCAUGCAGGCAAAGUUAUAG